AUGGAUAUUUUUGUUGUAUCGCAUGUCAUUGGUUGGUGGUUAAAAGCAUUAAUUCUUCGUGAUUAUUGGUUCUGUAUGGUAACAUCAAUAGGUUUUGAACUUCUUGAGUAUUCUCUUGCGCAUCAAUUACCAAAUUUUAGUGAAUGUUGGUGGGAUCAUUGGGUUCUUGAUGCACUUAUUUGUAAUGGUGGUGGAAUUUAUAUGGGUAUGAAAACAUGUGAAUAUUUAAAAAUAAAACCAUACAAUUGGCGUGGCAUGUGGACAAUACCAACUGUUAGAGGUAAAAUAAUGCGUGUGUUGGGUCAAUUUACACCACAUGAUUGGCUUGAAUUUGAUUGGCGUCCAACAGCAUCUUUAAAACGUUGGCUUGCAACAUUAUUAAUAACAUGUUUUUUGCUUCUUGUCGAUUUAGGUACAUUCUAUUUAAAAUUUAUUUUAUGGAUUCCACCACCACAUUUUUUAUGUGGAAUACGUUUAUUCUUAUUUUUUCCUGCUUGUGGUGUUGCAGUGCGUGAAACAUUUGAAUAUUUGGAUAAUCGUGAAUGUAAAAAAUUUGGUCGACAGUCAUGGAUUCUAACAGCUAUUGUAGUGACAGAAAUAUUAAUUGUAUUAAAAUUUGAUUGGAAAACUGCUACAAAACCAUUACCAUUUCAUAUUGUACUUGUUUGGACAAUGAUUGCUGUUGGAGUUGUUUUAUGGACAAUAUAUCAUUUUUGGUUUAAAAGAUUUAUUCUUUGGGGACAAAGAAAAAAUGUUCAACUUGUUAAAAACGACAAAUAA